UUUUCCAAGAGAGAGGGAAAACAAGAGUAAAAAUCAUCAAACCCUAGAGGAGAUCCGGAAUGUCUCCAAGCAAAACCCUACAAUUUUUAACCAGUCAGUGGUAAGAAUGGCAAAUGGACAUAUAAGCAGAAGCCGAUUUUCCUACCAAAUUGCACCCAAAACCCUGAGCCAGACUUCUUAUUAUGCCCUUAUUCUUCCUCCAUCGCCUCUGCAUAAUCUUCCCACGCCACCGUACACUCCACACUCUCUCCUCGCCACCACCGCCGCCGCCGCCGCCGCCGCCGCCGCUUCGGCCUCCGCCGAUCAAGUUCGACAACGACACCAUUAUUGCCACGCUCUCCUCCUACUCCAACGACUGGAACCGCGCCCUCGAAUUUUUCCACUGGAUCUCUUCUACCCCUGGAUUCUCCCACUCGUCAGCCACUCUCACCGCCAUUGUCGACGUCCUCGGUAAGCACUUUGAGUUCGACCGUGCAUGGUCCCUCCUAUCCUCCUACCCCUCUCUCCCCGACCGAUCCACCUUUCGCUCCCUCUUCAACCGCCUCGCUGCCGCCCGCCUCGUUUCAGACGCCCUUAUCGCUCUCGAUCGAUCCGCUGCCUUCGGACUCCGCGACCGUCAAACCUUCCUUCAACUCAUUGACGCGCUCUGUGCCCACCGCCUUACUCCCGAGGCCUACGAUCUCUGCUUCAAAAAUCCCCCCUUUUCUGUCAACUGUGACACCAAGGCUCAUAACCUCCUCCUUCAAGGAUGGCUCAAGAUGGGCUGGUGGGGCCAAUGCCGGCGCUUUUGGGAGGAGAUGGAUUCUCGGGGCGUUGAGAAGGAUCUUCAUUCCUACUCCAUCUUCAUGGACAUUGUGUCCAAAUCAGGGAAGCCCUGGAAGACCAUUAAACUCUAUAAAGAAGUGAAGAACAAAGGUAUUUCGCUGGAUGCUGUUGCUUAUAAUACUGUAAUUCAGGCUGCAGGCCAUUGCGAUGGUGCUGAAAGAGCUAUUAGGAUGUACAGGGAAAUGCUUGACUCUGGCUGCAAACCAACUGGCGCAACAUUCAAUACUAUCGUGAAUCUGCUCUGCAGUGAAGGGAGGGUGAGGGAAGGGUAUAGGUUUCUGGGUGAGAUGAAGAAGAUGGGGUGCGAGCCAGAUGUGAUAACAUACCAUUGCUUCUUCCGGCAUUCAAGCCGACCACAAGAAAUCUUGUGGCUCUUUGAAAGGAUGGUGGCCACUGGCUGUAGGCCACGGAUGGAUACUUAUGUGAUGUUGAUAAAGAAGUUUGGGAGGUGGGGAUUCUUGAGGCCAGUUUUUAAGGUCUGGAAAGUGAUGGAAGAGCAUGGAUGUAGCCCUGAUGCGUUUGCUUACAAUGCCUUCAUUGAUGCAUUGUUGCAGAAAGGGAUGGUAGAAAUGGCAAGGAAAUAUAAUCAGGAAAUGGUGUUGAAAGGGCUUUCUGCCAAGUUAAGGAAGGAUUUUGAGACCAAGUUGGUUAGUUGGCAAUCUGGAGAUGAAGAUAACAAUAAUCAUUGUUCAGUGAAUGUUACAUUGUGAAGAUGUCUUCUUACGAGCUGUUUACAAGAAGAACACAAUGGAAGGAGCGAUUCCUGGAGUUGGAAUGCGGAAUUUUAUCUUAUGCAUCAGAUGAACUGCGAGUUAUAGGUGGGUGAAAUUCAACAACUUUUUUUUGUCCAGUUCAUGAAAUCUGAUUAAUUAACGGAGAGAUGUUGAUGAUUGUCAGCUUGCCUACAAAGCUGAUGCUUACAUAAAUGGUUUUCACAGAGUUAAAUAACAUUAGGAAGAUACCAUGGAAAAGAAGUUUUAAUGGGGUGUAAUUAUGUUAUUUAUUUGACCUAUUGGAGAAUGAUAGUUUCUGAGUGUUAUUUUUUGUGUGAACUAAACAAAAUGUAAGAGAAGAAGUGAACAAACUGAAGUUGGCAGUUUUAUUUUCAUCAAGAAGCAAGCAGUCGCCUUUAUAGACCAGUAUUCAAAUUUGAAGUGAUUCCUCUUGGUUUAAAAAUCACAUAAUUCUUUUCGUGCAGAGCAAGUUGUUCACAAGAACAACCCCAUGCUAUUAUAGACCGAAUAAGAAAAGAGGUUGACAGAUUGUGUUUUAGCCGUCAACAGGAAAGCUUUACUGUAUAAUAAUGAAAGGAUUGCACAGAACGACUUAUUUAGAACUGGUAUUUGAGCAAGAGAUGGCAUAUGUCAAAAUAACCACAAACAAGACCGUUAGAGAUUUUUUUAGUAUUGCAGAAGUACAAUUCGGCUAUUUAAUCAUGCCUGGAAUAUGGAGUGCAGUCUAGGAUUAUUUAUUUGUAUUUUCAAUGUGUAUUUUCAUAUGAAUUUAAUGAAAAUAGGCCAUUUGUCUGAAGAGUGUACAAAUACAUCAAAAUCACUAGAAAUCAUUGCACGUAUAGUGUGUAAUUAGGCAGCUGAUUCCCUUGUUUUUCUGAUGGAUUUUUUCGACUUUGGUGAAAUUUGGAUAUUACAGCACUGUAAAUUACGCCCUCAUUUUUG